UACAUAUAUGGGCUAGCCCAUACAUCUAGCCGGCUGACUCCUCACGUGGGCUCUUCCUCUGUGGGUUUGGGCUGAUCAUAUCUUCAAUGGUCGUCAAAAAUCUCACCCAUGGCGGAAAUCGAGCCACGUCAUCAGUAUCUGUGAAGUGGAGCAGGCGUCAACAUUUGAAUCAUAUCGUGUAUUUUCGACUUCUACGAUUUCUCUUCUCCAAGCGUCAAAGCCUGACUCCUAAGCCAGUGAGAAGCUGAAAAUGGCGAGUAGCGGGUUAGCUGCGGGGUUGAAAGCUCUGUUCAUGGUGUUAGGCUUCAUGAUGGUCGCUACUUUCAUUUAUACUGUCGCUAUUUACGGUCUCCCUCACCGCGACGAGCUCCUCUCUCCGUGGUCAGUGGCAACUUUUGUUGAUUUCUGCAUUAACCUCAUGGCUUUAGUGGCUUGGGUUUCCUACAAGGAAUCGAAUUGGUUUAGUGCAUUGCUGUGGAUAAUUCUUUUAGUUGUCCUUGGCAGUGUAGGAACAUGUGCCUAUGUUCUUGUCCAACUUCUCAAGUUGACAUCUCCGGAUUGUUUACAAGAUCCCAUGUAUCAUCUUCUCUUACGGCAUUCAAACCAGAAUGCUGUGGAAUGUAGGGCAAAAUAUUCACCUAUUAUCAUAGCAAGAAUUGCUUUUAGUGCUUUGGGUUGUCUAAUGUUGGGGACUUUACUUUACACUCUCUUCACUUACGGUCACCCUUUCCGCAAAGAGCUUUUAACUCCGUGGAUGGUAGUCUUGCUAAUUAACUUCUAUAUCAAUGUUGUGGCUCUAUCGGUUUGGGUUUUCUACAAGGAGUCAGGUUGGAUCAGUGCAAUUAUUUGGAUAAUUCUAUUUAUAUGUUUUGGCAGCAUCGCUACAUGUGCCUACAUUGUUCUCCAGCUGUCACAUCUUACAUCCCAUGACCCACUCUACCUUAUUUUAUUGAAUAACGGCAACAGCUAAAUAUAGAAACCAGUUAAUAUCAGUCUACACUUUUGGCAUCAACAACGCUGCUCCCACCCCUUUCCCUCAGAAGAAAAAGAAAAAGAAAAAGAAUCAUUUUAUAGUGUUGAAAACAGGUAUGAGCGGACUUGAUGGUGAGAAACUGCAACAAUAAUGCAGCUGUUAAGCCAGAAGAGUUUGGACUGCUCUGGGUAGACAAAAUCCACACAGCACAUCACAGAGAGGAGAUGGCGGCAGCGGUGGCGGCGCAGUCGGCGACAAACCCAGUGGCUCUUGCUGCCGCGGCAGGUGCGGCUGCGGUGGCGAGCGGCUACGCGAACGCUUCUCUUUACGUCGGCGAUCUGGACCACAGCGUCAACGAGAACCAAUUGUACGAUCUCUUCAAUCAGGUCGCUCAGGUUGUCUCCGUUAGGGUUUGCCGCGAUCAGAGUAGGCGAUCCUCUCUCGGUUACGCCUACGUCAAUUUCAGCAAUCCUCUUGACGCUGCUAAUGCCAUGGAAACUCUGAAUUUCACACCAGUCAAUGGCAAGGCAAUCAGGAUUAUGUUUUCUCACCGGGAUCCUAGCAUCCGGAGAAGUGGAUAUGCAAAUGUCUUCAUCAAGAACCUGGACACAUCUAUUGAUAACAAGGCAUUGCAUGACACCUUUGCUGCCUUUGGGAAUGUACUCUCCUGCAAGGUAGCUGUUGAUGGGAAUGGACAAUCCAGGGGAUAUGGGUUUGUUCAGUUCGAAAACGAAGAUGGUGCGAAUAACGCAAUCAAACAGUUAAAUGGCAUGUUGAUAAAUGAUAAGCAGGUGUAUGUGGGACUUUUUGUCCGGCGCCAGGAAAGGGCUACACCAAAUGUCUCACAGAAGUUCACUAAUGUCUAUGUGAAAAAUUUGUCAGAAACUAUGACAGAAGAGGACCUUGAGAAAAUUUUCAUCCCAUAUGGUACCAUCACCAGUGCUAUUCUUAUGAAGGACCAGAGUGGGAAGUCUAGAUGUUUUGGUUUCGUGAACUUUCAGAGCCCAGAUGCAGCAGCCACUGCAGUGGAGAAAUUGAACGGGACCACUAUCAGUGACGAAAAAGUGCUGUACGUGGGAAGAGCUCAGAGGAAAGCAGACAGGGAAGCUGAGUUGAAAGCUAAAUUUGAACAGGAAAGGCUCAGUAGGUUUGAGAAACUGCAAGGUGCAAAUUUGUAUCUGAAAAAUCUUGAUGAUACCAUCAAUGAUGAGAAACUGAAGGAGUUAUUCUCCGAAUUCGGAACUAUCACAUCUUGCAAAGUUAUGGUUGAUUCUCAGGGCGUGAGCAAGGGGUCUGGUUUUGUUGCUUUUUCCACCCCAGAGGACGCUUCUAAAGCACUGAUUGAAAUGAAUGGAAAGCUUGUUGGAAGGAAACCUCUUUAUGUUGCUGUGGCACAACGCAAAGAAGAAAGGAGGGCUCAGCUGCAGGCACAUUUUGCUCAGAUCCGAGUACCUGGUGGGCUCUCACCUCUGCCUUCUGGAAUUCCUGGGUAUCAUCCUGGCGCACCUAGACUUCCUCAGCAGCUGUACUAUGGUCAAGGUGCUCCUGGUCUGAUGCCCCCGCAGCCUGCAGGGUAUGGAUUCCAGCAGCAACUCUUGCCAGGAAUGCGUCCAGGUGGCCCAAACUUUGUUAUGCCAUAUCCCAUGCAAAGGCAAGGACAACCAGGUCAGCCUAUGGGUGGUCGUCGUGGGGGAAACCCCCAGCAGAUGCAGCAGCAUCAACAGCUGUUUCACCGGAACUCCAAUCAAGGGUAUAGAUACAUGGGAAAUGGAAGAAAUGGAAUAGACCCAGCUGCUGUUCCUCAGGGUAUUGUAGGGCCAAUCAUGCCCAUGGCGGCCUUGGAUGUUUCCAGGAUGCCUCUAGCUCCUAUCGAGGUCCAGCGACAUGGCCAUGUGCCCAUUUCAAAGCUUACAUCUGCAUUAGCUUCUGCAAGCCCAAAUGACCGUACAAUGAUGCUAGGUGAACAACUGUACCCUCUAGUGGAGCGUCUUGAGCCAAGGAAUGUAUCGAAGGUGACAGGAAUGCUGCUCGAGAUGGACCAGACAGAGAUUCUACAUCUUAUUGAGUCUCCAGAUGCUCUGAAGAAGAAGGUGGCUGAAGCAAUGGAUGUCCUCCGGCAGUCGGGAGCAUUAAAUCUAGACGAGUAGGUUGGAUAACUGGCAGAGCACAGAGUUCUGUUAUUGAACGAUUCAUUUUUGGAUAUUGUGAGCCCAGUUUUAGCAGGGCUUCAGGAAAUGGAUGAUUUUUAGGAUGGUUUUUAAUUAUGCCAGGUGGUUUUCUGGCAACUGAUUUAAGAUUUUUUUAGGGUUUUAAAAGGAUUUAAAUGUAAGAUUUCUGGUUCUUUAAA